AUGGUUUUUGAUCCAGCCAAGGAAGGCUUUGUCUUCGUAGAAAAGAACUCUCGUCAAUGGCAGACAAAAAUCCCGUCGUGUGGGCUGGUAGAGGUCGUCCCAUAUUCUGGUGGGGUGAGUUCAAAGAAGAGGGGAAGGAACGAACUCUGUGAACUGGAGAAUACUACAAAAACAGCCAUCAAAGACUAUGGAGGAGGGGUUUCAACUAAGUUUUCCAAGAAGCAGAAAGCAGGAGACUUCUACGAUAAACGCAGCGGAAACCAUGGGUUCAAAGAAGAGAUGAAGUAUGAAUCCAGCGUCAAAAUUGAUGACAAGAUUGGAGGUACCAGCACUGAGUAUCAGACCCAAGUCAAGUUCAAGAAAGUCACUACCUAUGCCAGCAAAGGGGCUCCAAAACCAAGCUAUAAGCGUAUUAAGUAUAACAAGUAUUAG